AUGCUGAACUUGUACCACUCUUCUUCCGUACUGGUGGCCGCCGUCCUCUUCCUCAUUGCCACCGCAGCAGCCUCUGCCUCGCGGCCGGUGUACAGCGUGACCAACUACGGUUCUAGGGCGGACCCGAAAACGGACUCUACGACGGCGUUUUUGGAUGCAUGGAGCCGAGCCUGUAGCGACCCACGACCGUCGACGGUGUACGUGCCCAACGGGAAGUUUUACAUCCGAAACGCAACGUUUGAAGGGCCGUGUAGGAGCAACGAUACCUUGGUGCGUGUAGACGGAACCCUCGUAGCUCCAGCCGACUAUUCCGUCAUCGGGGAUGCCGGCAACUGGAUUCUGUUUCAUAGCGUUGACGGCGUUAGAAUCUCUGGCGGGAUACUUGAUGGACAAGGCAUCGCUCUCUGGUCUUGCAAGCUUCACGGCCAGAAGAAGGACUGCCCCCUCGGCGCCACGCAGAAUCUGCACAUCUCCAACUCGAACAACGUGGCAAUCGACGGCCUAACUUCCACCAACAGCCAGAUGUUCCACAUCGCCAUCACCGGCUGCCGAAACGUGAACCUCCAGCGCGUGACCGUCACCGCCCCGGGAAGCAGCCCCAACACCGACGGCAUCCACGUCGGGCUAUCCACCUUGGUCUCCAUCACCAACUCCACCAUCUCCACGGGCGACGACUGCAUCUCCAUGGGCCCCGGGGCCCGCAACGUCUGGAUCGAGCGGGUGGCGUGCGGGCCGGGCCACGGCAUCAGCAUCGGGAGCCUGGGCUGGACCUACCAGGAGCCCGGCGUCGAGAACGUCACCGUCAAGACCGUCAACCUCACGGAGACGACUAACGGCCUCCGCAUCAAGACGUGGGGCCGCCCCAGCUCGGGUUUCGUCAGGGACGUGCUCUUCCAGCACGCCGUCAUGGAAGGCGUCCAGAACCCCAUCCUCAUCGACCAGAACUACUGCCCCGGAAACCGCAACUGUCCCGGCCGGGCCUCAGGGGUCGAGGUCAGUGACGUCAGGUACUGGAAUGUACGUGGCACGUCCAGGACCGAGGUCGCGGUGAGGAUCGACUGCAGUAAGGCAAACCCCUGCUCAGGGAUACAGAUGCGAGACGUGGCGCUUGCUUACGUCGGCAGCGGCAGUGGUAGUGCUAGUAUGGAGGCGGCCGCGGCGUCGUGUACGAAUGCAAGGGGUACUUCAUUGACUUAUGUGACGCCAGUCGUCAAGUGUUCGUAG